CCAUGGCCCGAGAGCACUUUCUUUCAGUCAUAGCUUCGCUCUCGCUACACUCACCUGUUCCCCCUUUUUAACUUUACUCCAACGUUUUUGUUAAAUUUAGUUGCCGCGUCCAACUUUGAGCAAACCGAAUUGCAUCAACAAUAACCAGGGCCUGUUUUGCGCGCGAUUUUCGAACAUUUCGAAUAAUUCCCCAAUUCCCAUUUGACUCGUCUUGAUUUUUUCCCCAUUGACCCCGUCCAAAUAACUUCCGAGUUUGUGUGAGGCCCCCAUGGCAGCUAGUAAACUCUCCUCCAAGCAGACCACACUUUUUGAGUCAAAAUGUGCGAAGAUCUCUGCCUUCUAUUUUGACCUGGACAACACUCUGAUCCCGACCAGAGCCGGCGACUCUAAAGCCAUACGCAAGCUCUCAGAUCUACUUGAGUCGCAGUACCAUUUCACCAAAGAUGAUGCCUCUCUGGCCACGCAGACUUUUUUGAAAUCCUUCCGCCGCUGUCCGGACAACACGCAGACCUCACUGGACUCGUGGCGCACCCACCUGUGGCGGGAGUCGCUGCUGCCCAAGUACAAGCACCUCGCGGAUGAGAUCUAUCCACAGUGGCUACGGUUACGAUACCGCUAUCUGGCCGUGCCGGCGGACUAUGUGCAGCUGCUGACGCGAAUGCGUCGGGCCGGCUAUGCCCUGGCCCUCAUCACGAACGGGCCUUCGAAUGCCCAGUGGGAGAAGGUGGCCCGACUGAAUGUGCGCGGGUACUUUGAUUGCGUGCUGGUCUCCUCGGACCUGCCCUGGGAGAAGCCCCAUCCGGAGAUCUUCUAUGCGGCCUGCAAUUUCCUCAGCGUCAAGCCGCAAGAGUGCGCCAUGAUCGGCGACAAGCUGGAGACGGACAUCAAGGGAGGUCAUUUGGCCCAGCUCGGCCUCACCUUCUGGACACCGCUGAGCAGCAGCAGCUCGGCAGCCCAGUCCCUGGACGAUGUAGAGUACAAGCCCCACCACAAGCUCAACCAACUGCUGGAGCUGUACAAAUACUUUCCCCGUCUCAACGCCGUUGCGCAGCCCGACACUCCAUCCACAUCCAGCCGCCGCGGGAGUUACCUGAGCGGAAGUCUGGCUAGUGCCAGCGGGAGUAUGAGCGGGUGUACGUCCAGCUCCAGUAGCCAGAGAAGCGAACCGGAGAAGCGGCAGUUGGCCUAUCGCCGUGGCGGAUCCUUGCCGGCCAUGGACUGCUCGAAUAGUGAGGCGGAGAAUAGUUGUGACAGCUUCCUAUAAGGGAGAUCCGGAGAUUAAGUCUCGACGGAGGGCGAAAACGGUGCGCCGCGCUUCGCCAUUGGUGGAAAAUGUACCUUCAGUUUACAAAACUAUAGCUAAAAGGAAAUAGGAAAUAGAGACGGAAACCAAUAGGAGGAGGAGGAGGAUAAUUAAUGAAAUGAUGUUUAUAAGGACAACCAGGCACACGGGAACCGAAUGCAGGAAUUUAAAGUUCAACUAUUAGGUGGGAGGACCCGUGAACUACGGCGAAUCUCGUUUAUCUGCCAUUAAAACUAAAAUUAAGGCUAGAACAGAAUCAGAAAUGCACACAUACUAAAAAAAACCAAAAAAUAAACAAGAAAUGGCUAUAGGAAUCGCAAUACAAGAGAGGAACCAGAAAGGGGUAUAACCAAAUGUAUUUUUCUAAGCGGAUGUUGUUCUUCCAGAAAUUUUUUGUAAAUUGAUAAGUGCAAUCCAAACAAAAGCGAAUAAGGAAAAAGUGUCGGAUGUUGGCUCAAUUCGAAGAGAAACCGUUAGAAUAGCUAUCUUACUACAUGUGUAUCCAUGUCGAUUGUUAACUAUUGUAGUAGUCGUAGCCAUGUAGCCGUUGGUUCGAAAUUCGAACUAGAAAUUAAUGCACCACUCCCCACACACGACACACACGAGACACAACACCAGAAAAACUGCUGGGACAUUAAUAAGGGUAUUCCUGAAAGAGAUUAGCAGCACCCAACAGGUUUAUUAAUGAGAUUUUAUUAAAGAGAAUAUAAUAACAAAGCCAUCGAAAAAAACCAUCGCUUGAAACCCAGAAUAUUUUAAAAAUGUGUUAGAUUAUAUAUAAAUAACCAUUACACGAACACAAAAUACCAUUUUCUUCCUAUUGAAAUCACAAAAAAAUAUAUGACACAAAAACCAGCAAA